CGAAUAUAGUAAUAUUCUAUUAAAGAGAUUUUUCUCUUUACUCAUAAUCGUUUCUUUCGCCUUGGUCGGCCUUGCCCUUGGUUUAGCACUAAAUAAUUACAUUCGUGAUAUGAUCUAAUAUUUCUCGAGAAAAAUAACGCCAAUUUGCGUGUGAGCGGAUAAAAACGGUCAUUAAAGCGAUAAAAAGGGAAAUGCGUGCUGGGGCGGCUUUUACCAUGCAUACGUUAAUGGCACGACGAAACGUUAUUGCGAAUGUGCAGAUGGCCAUUCAAGUUUCAACGGACAGUACGCCGGUAGAUCGUCACAAGUAGCGGAUCAGAUUAUCUCCGAGGAUUAUUAAAUCGAGUUGUCGAGUCUUUUCUCUUUUAAUAAUCUUGUAACGCGUAAAUCACACUGUGCAUCGCACGGUUGCACACGUUGUUUGAAGUGAUACCAAUCUUUCUCGGUCUUUCUAUACUUGAUCUGAAACUGUUACGUUGACAGUUUCAGUCCAGCAAAGACGUCCAAUUCCAUUUCCACGUUUUGUACGUACUAUUAAUAUCUCUCGAAAUAUAAUCAUUACCGGGAAUAUUGUCGUCUGUGACGUGCGGUAUGCGAGCUGACUCAACUCGGUCAAUGGACCAGAAGAGAAUUCCUGGUAUUCUAAGACUAGACAAAACGUCACGCUCUUCUGGAUUUAAAGCCACGCCUCGGAUAUUGGUUAUGCAGGUGGGUCCGUCGCCAUCCCCGUCGCAACCGUCGGUCAGUCGACAGUCGGUUACGUUUAGUAUUGUCGAGUGCCAGCGGGACGAGGAUCUCGUCGAGAAGGAUCAAAGGUCGCAAAGCGAAGAUACGAGAUUUCUCGACGACACGCAGCGUACUGCCGAAGCGAUAUCCAACCGAACGAAUCCGAGCGGAACCUCGCGAAACCCGGCGCCGAUGGAGAAAUUAACCGCGAACGGCGAGGAGAACGACAGCGAAGACGAUUACUCGGCAUCGGUUUGCGCGAUUAUGCAACAACGGAACUCGACACGACGGCAGAGCCGGCGGAAGCGACGCCCGUCGUCCCCGUUCGGCGUCGACAGCUUCGACAGCGUCGCGCGCCGUCGAUCCUCGGUUUACACCACGAGCUCGGGAGACACGAUAAUUUCGAUGGAGGAGAGCGGUAAUCAGGAGCAGAUUUUCGAGAACCUCAAGCUGCACAAGGAGGUCCUGAGCGGCACAAAGCAGCAGCCUUGGCCUCUCCGACGUAAGAUCAAGCUCGUGCGGCAAGCCAAGGCUUACAUCCGACGACACGAAGGAGCACUGCAGGAAAGACUCGCUCAAAGUCACAGCACCAAAGACGUCAUAGCGCGCGUCUCGCUUUUCAUGACUCAGAAGUGGCAGUAUUUUCGACGCGAGCUGAUCAAUCUGCAAACGUGGCUCGUACCUUGGCAGGUCCGUAUCAUGGAAAUAGAAUCUCAUUUUGGUUCCGCCGUUGCGUCCUACUUCAUUUUUCUCCGUUGGCUCUUCUGGAUCAAUCUCGUCAUCGCGGUGACCCUUACGGCGUUCGUCGCGAUACCUGAAGUAUUGACCGCAAACGCGACUCUCGCUGGCGAGAGGAAGAUCAUGCUGGAGCAGGAGGUCGGCAAGUCGAAGGAUCUGUUAACUUUGUGGGAAUUCCAGGGCGUGCUGAAAUAUUCUCCAUUCUUCUACGGAUGGUACACCAAUCAGGACUCGAAUAGCAAUUAUAAACUACCUCUGGCGUAUUUCGUCACCAAUCUGGUCGUGUACACGUACAGCUUCGUCGCAAUUUUGCGCAAAAUGGCGGAAAACUCGCGCUUGAGUAAACUGACCGAAAAGGAUGACGAAUAUGUCUUUUCGUGGAAACUCUUUACGGGAUGGGACUUCAUGAUUGGUAAUCCGGAAACCGCGCACAAUCGUGCAGCCAGCAUCGUGCUGGGCUUCAAAGAAGCUCUACUGGAAGAAGCGGAGAAGGAAAAGGAUGAGAGAAACUGGAAAAUCAUCGCAAUGAGGAUAUUAGUAAACGUGGCGGUGCUGACGUUACUCGCACUAUCGGCGUUCGCCGUGAUCAAGGUGGUCGAACGAAGCACCACAGAGUCGCGAAAUUGGUGGCGGCAGAACGAGAUCACGAUCGUGAUGUCUCUGAUUACGUACCUCUUCCCAUAUGUCUUCGAGCUCCUCGGCUUUCUCGAGAGCUACCAUCCCAGGAAACAGCUCCGAAUGCAAUUGGCGCGAAUAAUGAUCUUAAACUUGCUGAAUCUUUACUCACUAAUAUUCGCAUUGUUCCGUAAGAUAGACUCUAUGAAAAUUGAUCUUGACGAGCUUAAUCCGACAAAAACGAUUUGCAGAUAUAAAUUGAUAUCAUGCGACCAAGUUAUAUUGGCAUCUUUGAGUGCUGUUUUAGUGAGCAAUGUCACCCAUUCUCAUGUUAAGAGGGAAAUAUCAAAGACAAUGCUGCCAUUCAUCAGACAGGAGACAUACGUCCUUAAUCCUUUAUUGGACAACGAGACUUUAUAUAAAGACUUCGAUGAUACAUAUGAUUACAACGAUGCGGAUUACGAUAAUUAUCGAAACGAAUUUUCGUAUGAUGGCGACGAAUCAUCUACUAUAUCAUAUUAUGAAAAACAAAGUAUCGGGAGUAUAGAUGAUAGCAAAAUACGCUUUGAUACAAGCUCGACAGUAAUUGCCAAUUUCCUGACUGAUUCGACGAUUGCUGAAUACUUCUAUACAAGUUCUAUUUCAUCCCAGAACGAAACUGCGUCAACAACGAUCGAAUCAGAUAAAAUGGAAGAUUCAUCGGAAACUACCAAUUUUGAUUUUACCGAAAGAGCAAUAAUUACGUCGUCUCUAGACAGCAAAACGUCGUCUGCUAAACAAUUAGAUGUCACAUCCACAAUAGCAGACGACACAACAGUUACAACGAAUAUCCCGGAAAGUAGUUUCUCUACUUUACAAUCGAGUAAACGUGUUAUCCCUCUUUCAAAAGACAAUUCUUUUAGAUGCUUUGAAAAAGUUUGCACCACUAUACCACCGAAGAAUUUAGGUAUGUCUUUGGAACAACUAGAUUCAAAGAUACGCAAAAAGCUGCGUCAAUCAUGCUGGGAAACUAUGUUCGGGCAAGAACUCGCCAAGCUCACUGUCAUGGACUUGAUACUCACUAUAUUAGCCACCCUAAGCAUGGAUUUCUUUCGCGCUGUUUUCGUGCGUUUUAUGAAUAACUGUUGGUGCUGGGAUCUAGAAAAGCAAUUUCCGCAAUACGGUGACUUCAAGAUAGCUGAAAACAUCCUCCAUUUAGUGAACAAUCAAGGCAUGGUUUGGAUGGGAAUGUUCUUCAGUCCUGGUUUAACAGCACUGAAUCUCUUCAAGCUUGGCGUUCUGAUGUAUUUACGUUCCUGGGCAGUUCUGACGUGCAACGUACCUCACGAAGUGGUCUUCAGAGCUUCCAGGUCCAAUAAUUUUUAUUUUGCGCUGCUGUUGACCAUGCUAUUUUUGUGCGUGCUGCCAGUCGGCUAUGCUAUAGUCUGGGUCGAACCCUCGUGGUAUUGCGGCCCGUUCUCUGGUUAUCCAAAGAUUUAUAAUUUAGCGACGCAAAGUUUAAAAAACUCCCUUCCAGAGCUGAUUCAACGAUGUCUCGAUUAUAUCGCAUCGCCCGGUAUAGUGAUACCAUUGAUUGUUCUCAUGACGUUAAUUAUUUACUACAUGGCAUCUCUCGCUGGAUCUUUGCGAGAGGCGAAGAACGAUCUAAAGAUGCAGCUACGACACGAACGUACGGAAGAACGUCGGAAAUUAUUCAAAAUAGCAGAGAAAAAGCAUACCGUGGCCGAGACUCCGCUGUCGAGGUGGAAAAAGAUUCUUCCGGCAUUACCGCAGGCCAGACUAUCUCAAAAUUCCGAAACAGCUCAAAGAGAUAAUGUGCAGAUCACGAUUGGGAACGCGAAUACAGUGGUUGAUACAGAAGAUAAACGACUGACGAACGAUACCAAAGAGGACUCGCGUCAGAAUCAGGUAUUCUUCGAUCGCGACAACGAACAAGUUGAAAAACAGGACGAUUUGGUAUUAAAGGAGUCACCUCCUUGCAAAAGACCGAUAAGCGUAGAAGGAUGUUCUUGGGAGUCGCCGUCGAGCAGUAAAAGUGUUAUCAUAUCAGAAAUCCAAGUAAACGAGGAAGUUGUAUUCGACGUUCACAGAAACGGGGAACUGGAUGACGUGUCUGAAGACGGCGACCAAAAGAUAACGUAACGGAUUGUGUGCAAUAAAUAAGAAAGUAUUUAAAAAAAAAUAAGAGAAUAAUAACAUAAUUAAUAUUUUUCAUACUGCCUUAAUUCAGCAAGGAUCUAAGCAAAAUCCAUUUUGUACUAGCCUGUAAAAAAAAAAAAAAAUACUGAAAGUCUCUGCCAAUUCGCUUUAAAAUUAUAGAUUUAAUAUCGAUGUAUUUUACAAUCGGUCCUGAAAUGCGCGUGGUAUCCAUAUUAUGCUUACCUUUAUCGUAGAUUUGCCGAAAUAUAAAACUUGCAGAUA